AAUCAUUGUUUCACCCCAGGUUGUGGACGCUGGUGGAGAGAGAAAAAAUGUUUGCACAGGAAAAUGUCUACUUCACUGACUGCGUUCUACGUCACAUGCAUCAGUACCGCUUCAUUGCACAUUUUGACACUGACGAAGUGCCCAUUUUGCCCAAGCAUGACAGCUUUCCACUCUUCCUUGAAGACGUCACUAACAGCAGGAAACACGAUUCUCCUCCUGGAUACAGACUUCUGGGACAUUACUUCUAUGAAAAUUUAGAGCCAAGUCAGGAGGCCAAAGAUCUUCCCAAGUACCUCUGGGCGCUACGUCACACCAAGCGCCAAGCUAAGCCCAAUGAACCUCCAACUCCCGGCCAAUUCAAACCAGUUUUUGACAUGAAUGCUGUCAGAGGAGUUUUUUCUCAUGGCACCCUUUUGUGUGUAUCAGGUACAUGCCGGCUUUCAAAAAUGGCCACUGUGUCUUCUGAUAAGGCAUUUUUGGCGCACUUCAGGCUCACAUGUGAUGAGCAGUGCAGGGAGAACACCGUUCACGACUUAACACUACAAAGAGAAAACCCGAUGAGCAGGGUCGGUUUAUGGGUAACGUGCCACAUGUCAGUAUAUCGGGAACUGGCGUCGACGGACUAUGCAGGUAACAGACCUCGAGUCAGUCUCACGGAGUAGUCGCCUGUUUGACACGAGGUCAUUCCAGCGAUAUCCCAUGAUUCUGUGUAGGCACAUAUUACCUAAGGCAUCAGUCCACCUCUCCAAGUCCCUAUUUACUGUACUUAGUUUAUUUAGUGUAACGUGUAGGACUCAUUGAAUAUCCGCUUUAGCAUAUGUAAUAUCACUGUAUUCAUAUCGAAUGUCCAUUUGCAUAUAUAAUUUCCCUCUGUUGUUUAUUAAGCUUAGAAUUCUUAUGUGUCAUAGUAUAUUAACAAAUACUAUUCGGAUUGUUUUGUUGUGUGAGCAUUUGUAAGGGAAAAUCACAAAUAAGAAGCAAAUGAGCCAAUAAAUUUAUUCUGAAAGAAUUAUCUCAUUUAAAGCUUACCUUAAGUUAUAUUAAAUCUCUGAUCGAAUAACAGUUAGAGGUAGUGUUUGCUCUACACGGAUGGAAUAAUUAUGUAGUGCCAAGCACCUCAAAAGGGAAAUUGUAAAAAAAAAUGACAAAGUUUUCUUCCAUAGAACAAACAUUUAAUUUAACAUAUGACUUAAAAGGGUCAGGAUAAAUAUAUCGAUAUAAGAUAAAAAGA